UAUUACCUUGAAAGUUUUUCUCCCCAGAGUUUUGUGAAGCUUUGUCGCUUUCUUGGAACCAACAGGGGUUCAUAUAUCGAAGGCGGCUCGCAGAAGUCAGAUUUUUAUCAAAGAUGGAACAGGCAGGAGCCUCUUCUUCCUUUGGCUCUGCAGCGGAGACCUUCAAGUGAUAGACCAAAACAGGGAGAAGAACAAAGCUCCACAUCAGCAGAGAGAUUAACAGUGAGUCUACUAUGUCUGCUGUGUCCAGAAUGAAGACGCAGCUCGAUUUAAGGCCUGCUGAUGAAGCUGCUGCAAAAAUCAAGGACUUUGUUGGACCUGAAGGAAGGGAUGAAAACCCUAAACAUGUGGGAAUUGGACUUCAAGUGCCAGUCUCUGAUGUACAAAUUGUUUGUCACGUCAUCAUGGUAGUGCUGGCUAUUCUGGGUAACGCCACUGUCAUUGUGGUUAUUGGGAAGAGUGUCAUCCAGGAUCGUAGAGUGGCUCACAACUCAAAUAUCAUCAUCAUAAACAUGGCAGUGUCCAACCUGAUGGUGUCCAUAAUGAGGAAUAUUCUGCUCAUCGUGUCAGACUUUGGGAUCCAGCUGUUUCUGUCCAGAGAACGGUGUCAGUUCCUCAUGGGAGUCUGGGUGUGGCUGCGAUCGGUCAAUGUGUGGUCCACGUUCUACCUCAGCGUGUUCCACCUCCAGACUCUGAGGCGCGUGGCUCCUUCUGUUGGAAACCUUCAAGCUUCUCGAGGCGUUCCUAAGACUCUGCUGCUAAACUUGCUUUCCAUUUGGCUCCUCAACCUUCUUUACUCCAUUCCUGCACAUAUCUUCUCCACUAACGGCAAUGCAAACAGCACUGAGACCCUCAUGUUGAUCAGCACCACAACACGCCCCCUCCUGGGCUGUGUGUGGAACUUCCCGUCCAGCCACAGCGGCCUGGCCUACGCCACCACGUCCAUGGUGAUCCAUGAAGCCCUACCUAUUCUCUUGAUGACAGCGACCAACCUUAGCUCCCUUUACAUGCUUCAUACAUACAGCAGAACCAGGACCAGAACCUCAAUCCAACAUGCACCCGUUAUAAGGGGGGUACCAGCUGAGAGACGAGCUGCCAGGGUGAUUCUUAUUCUUGUUUUGCUCUUUGUUGUGUCCUGGGGAACCAGCGUUAUAUCUGUAAACUACUUCAACUACAACCGAGGCACCUCAUCCGAGUUCCUCCUGGUCAUCGCUCGCUUUGCCCAGAUCCUCUUCAUCGCCUUGUCUCCUGCUGUCCUGGCGGUUGGCCAUCGUGGGCUGCGUUCUUGUAUCAAGUCAUCGCUGACUUACUGACAGAAAUGCUAAAGCUGUGGAAGAAGAAGAAUCACUGACAUGUCAUGACUUUGAAUGUAUGUUUUUGUGAGAGAAAGGAAAUGGCAUGGUGGAUUCUGUCCAACUGAUUUUGGUCCUCAAUAAAAAGAUAGU